AUGAAUUUUAUAUCAAAUCGAAAACGAGAAGACUUGAUGAAAAAGUCAGUAAAUGAUUUGGUGUCGUCAUCGCAAGAUGCGAUCAAUCAAGCAGUGUCGAUGACAACAUCUGCGAUCAAGGAUAUAAAUCUGAGACGUUCUCCUAGUGUUGUGCAUAAGCAGUUAGAAAAGAGUAAAACCUCGUAUGCAGCUUCUGAAGCUUUGGACAGCAAUUCUGAAGUCGAACUUCAAUCAAUUAACGAAGCAAAUAAUGAGUCAGAUGGCACAAAUGAUAGUAAAAGAUCUUCCUCCUUAAAUGUCUCAAAACUAGCUGAACGAGCAAAAAAGAAAGCUUGGUACAGCGCCAUUUAUCCUUCCUAUAAAUCUCGGGAUGAAGAUUUUAAAAAGCUGUUUAAUGUUUCUGAUGAUGAACGUUUAGUUGUUGAUUAUUCAUGUGCUAUCCAGAAAGAUAUUUUGGUUCAUGGGAGAUUAUAUGUGUCGCAGAGUUCUUUGUGUUUUCACGCAAAUAUUAUUGUAUACGAAACACGCUUUAUCAUCAAUUGGAAAGAUGUGACAGGGAUAAGCAAAGAAAAGGUAGCCAAAGUCAUACCAAAUGCAAUUCUCAUCACAACUGAGUCAGAAAAAUACUUCCUCACGUCAUUUGCAUCGCGCGAUAAAGCUUAUGUGAUACUGUUCCGUUUAUGGCAAAAUGCACUUAUGGACAAGCCAAUGAAUCCCCAAGAGUUAUGGCAAUCGGUUCAUAGCUGCUAUGGUGAACAACUUGGACUUACCAGUGACGAUGAAGACUACAUAGAUCCAUUUGAAGCUAAAGUCUCAAAUGAAAGUAUUUCAGAAGAACCAAAAGCGUCUUCGUCAUCUUCAGGAAAACUGAGUGAUAAAAAGUUGAAAAAAGAAACGAAAAGAAAUUCGUCAUCUUCGUCAUCAUCUCCUGUUACUAAAGAAACCCUUCGUGAUUCAACGAACACACAACAACAACAGCAACCAAUUGAAUCGAUAAAAGCAACGUCUGUUGAUACAAAAAGUUGCAUAAGUUCUGAGACUUGUCCAACUGAUAUGUCUGGUGAUUCAUCAGACUCAGAAAAUACAUCAAAGAUGGAUUUCGUUAAUGAUGCAGAAUGUAAUUCAAUGCACGAAGGUCGUCAAUUGGUUCACACAAUAUUACCGAUAAGUAUUGAGAGUGUCUUUGGUCUUUUGUUCCAUAAAUCAAAAUUCUUCUCAGACUUUCACAAAAUGAGAAAAACGACAGAUUUAAAGCAAGGUGAUUGGGAAGAUAUGCCUGAUGGAACAAAGCAAAGAAUUAUAAGUUUAACUGUUGCAAUCACACAAGUUGUUGGUCCAAAGUCUUCUCAUGUCACAGAAACUCAAGUGAUGAGAAGUUGUAGUAAGGCAGGGCAACUUUAUUCGAUUGAUGCUACUUCUGUCAAUGCUGGUAUUCCUUAUGCAGACAGUUUCUACGUUUUACUUCAUUAUUGCAUGAAGAGAACUGUCGAUGAUUCAACCGUGAUGUCUGUUCAUGCACAAAUUAAAUAUAAGAAAUCUGUGUGGGGUGUAAUCAAGGGCUUCAUUGAAAAGAACACGUGGUUAGGUUUAGAAGAGUUUUAUGAAUCACUUUCAAAGGCUUUAAUGGAUGAAUAUUGUUUGCCACCUGCGAAAGCAAAAAGCAGACGAACUAGAAAGGGAAGUUCGAUUCCCAAUCCAUUAACAUCACAACCAACACUUCCAAUUAAAUCUCAUGAGAAUCAUGAAACAAUGCCAACGUCAAUAAGACAUGUUAGUGGUCUUAAUGCACAUCAAAUGAUGCAAACACAAAAAGAAUCAAAAACAGCUCGUAACAAGUCACAUAAAAUGUUGUCUUGGGUUGUUAUAUUUCUUUUAAGUACACUCAUCAUUUUAAACAUUAUGUUGUAUGUUAAAUUAUGGAAAUUAGAUGAACGUCAAGACAAUGAUUUUGAAUCGAAAUUUGAUUUCUUAAAAAAUUCACCAAAAUCUCCUGAAGAAUGGUUGAAUUUAUUUAAAAUUCAAGAAGAACUUCAUUCGAAGGAAAUGAAAACAUGGCAAAAAGUUAUUCAAUCUGCGAUUGAUCUUUUAAAGAAGACUGAACAGUCACUUUCAGAGCUUCAAAAUUUGAUCUUAGCGUAUCGUGGAAAAUCAAGUGAUCGGAUGGCAACACUUACGGGACUUUUUUCCGAUGAAGAUUCGAUAAUGGCUGGUAAUGGUUACGAUGAUUUGAUUUCAAAGUUAUUCAUGAUUGAUACUAAGCUAAGAGAAGUUUGCACACACUUUAAAUUAAAAUCAAUCAUUCCGCUAAAGAAUACCGUGGCCGAGCUUGAAGAAUUGAGUGAGCUAUUAAGCUCGACUCUUCAAAAUAACAAAGAAAAUUCUUUUCAAGAAAAAGCAAAACCUUAUUUCUUACGCGAAAAUCCUUUAAGGUCAAUUAGGAAAGAUGCAAUGUCACUCCCAUUUAAGGAAUUGCAAAAUGUGUCAAACAACGGGUCAAUUUCAAAGCCUUUAAGCAAAAUGAAGCCCAAUCAAUCUGAAACUCGAAAAAUGUGCGAUGUUUGUAAGCUAUACGACAAUACGAAAAUGAAAAGCAUGAAAAAAUGUUCAAAUCCUAAAUGUAACAUGAGCUGGAUUCAUUCUGAUUGCAUCAAAACACUUAAUUCUCUUAAUCAGAAAUGAAUGUCGUCGGAACAAACAGAUGUAGCUGAAUGGAUGACAAGAGAUUUCUUCAAAUCAGUUUUAGUAAAAUACGAAGGUCACGAUAAUUUGCAAUUAACUGAUUACGUUGUUAGUUCCGGAACAAAUAAGGGAGAAAAUUUCGCGAGUGCAAUUUUUCGUGUAACAAUUAAAUAUGAAUUAACGAUUGGGAUUAAUAAAGAUAUAAGUUUUGUUUUGAAAACACGAUCUGAAUCUGCGGCAGUAAGUGAGAUGAUUGAUGAAAUCGGUGUUUUUGAAGGCGAGACUCAUGUUUAUGCUAAUAUUCUCUCAAAAAGUGAGAAUUUGUUUCCUGGAUGUAAAUUUGCCCCUAGAUUAGUUUAUGCUGAUAAAAAUGCUUUAGUACUCGAAGAUUUAAGUCGGCAUGGGUUUCUUCUUGCUGAUCGUAAAAACCGGCUUAAUUGGAUCAAAGCAAUGACUGUUCUACGUAAAUUGGCAAUGUUUCACGCAGCGACAAUGAAAUUACAUGAAACCGAUCCAGAAUUGAUGAGGAAUCAUUUGAAAUCAGCUAUUGACAGCGAUGAAAUGACACCAAUCGCAUACUUUUUCACUGUUAGCAUGCAAGAGAGUUUAGAAACUAUUAAAAAUAUUCCGGACCUUGCACAUUUCUUCAAUCGAAUGGAGAACUUUGAUAUCGUCGAGCAAGAGAAAAAAGUAUUUACGAGGAGCACAAAUGAUAAGUUUCAUGUUUUGAAUCACGGCGACCUUUGGAUCAAUAACAUUUUCUUAUCGUUUAAUGAAAAACAAGAACCAACUGACACGGUUUUGGUUGAUUUUCAAGAAUGCUUUUGGGGAUCAGUCGGUAUUGACCUUAACCAUUUUCUUUACACAUCAUGUAACUCUGAUGUAAUAGAGAAAGUUGAUGAAUUUCUCGAGUUUUAUCAUAAAGAAUUGACAGCUUCAUUGAAGCAAUUAAGUUUUGGAAGAAUUCCAAAUUUGAAUGACAUUCGGGAGGAAUUUGAACGGAAAGCAUAUCAAGGCCUUAUUGCUACAUUGUCAAUUCUUCCAGUUAUGAUGAUUGAAAACCCAGAGCAUGCCAAAGUUGAAAAUUUCAUUGGAGAAGGCGAAGGAGCAGCAGAAAUUAGAAGGGAAGUUUAUAGCAAUCCAAAAUAUGUUGAAGUAUUGAAGUUUGUGUUGCCGAAAUUUAGUGAGAAGAAAUUAUUUUAGUAUCGUGUAGAUACUUUAUUUUUAAAGAUCACAGAAUAUGCCUUAACAUCACUUCUUUAUUUUCCCUUUUGGAAAAAUGUGUUAAUUUUAUAUAAAAGCAUUUAAAUAUUUUUACGGAGUAGAUUUUCCUUCUUGGCUAUAGGAUGAUUUUUACAAAAAAUGUAAAUUUAUUUGAAAAUACAUAACUAUUUGAAACAGUUUGAUAUAUACUAUGACAUACGACACAAGCAUUUCAUUGAUUAAACGUGCAAAAAAUUAAAAUUUAUUUUUUUAUUCUUUUUUCUUCUUUUCAUUCCGAAACGUGAGUUUGACCAUUUAUUUAAAAUACAAAGUGUAUUCAAUAUAAUUAACAAUUAGCGAUCCAAAUUUGUAAACCUAUGUAAUUAAAAUAUUUGAAAAUAAAAAUUUCAUAAAAUCGUAAACAAAAAUCAUA